AUGUGUCGUCAGCUGGUAUUCAAGGGGUCGGAACCCAUUCUGUUGUCGCAUCUCCUGACCAGACCUGCGCACAGUAUCAUCAAUCAGGCGUUCGAUUCUCGUCUGCGAAUAGACCUGGCUCGACCAAUCAAUGGCGAUGGAUUCGGUGUUGGAUGGUAUGACUCUGUCGAUGAUCCUGAGCUCGGGCAGGCGCCGUGUAUUUUUACCAGCGUUACACCUGCAUGGAACAACGUAAAUCUUCAGCGUCUUGCUGAAAAGAUUAAGAGUCCACUUGUCUUUGGUCAUGUGAGAGCAUCGACAGCCGGUGCCCUUAGUGAAACAAACUGUCAUCCAUGGAGAUAUGGACGUCUUAUGUGGAUGCACAAUGGCCAGAUAUCCCAGUUUUCCAAAAUUAAGCGCAAGCUAUUGGCAGCUCUGCCGGAGCCUCUUUUCCUGAUGCCCAUGGGUCAAACGGAUUCAGAAUAUGCAUUUGCACUAUACCUAAGUCACCUUAAAGACCCAGAGACUUCAGAAAAAUUUUCGUAUCACGAACUAAAGGAGGCCAUGCUGCGAACGAUUCAGGAUAUCAACCAGUGGUCCAGAGAGGCUGGAAUUGAAGAACCGAGUCUGUUGAAUUUUUGCAUAACAGAUGGCGAGAGUGUGGUUUGCACGCGCUAUGUGUCGAGUAAAACCGACGAAGCUGCGAGUUUGUACUUCUCCACGGGUACUUCGUUUUAUGAGCACGCCAAAGGCGAGUACCGCAUGGUGAAGGCAGGACGGCAGCAGAACAUUGUAGUUAUUGCGAGUGAGCCGCUUACAUUUGAGCAGGCGGACUGGAUGGAGAUUCCCUCCAACACGAUUGUGUGCAUUACGCCCAGCAUCAAUGUGCUCACGUACCCUAUUAUGGAUGAGUACCAUAUCGACUCACCAGAGGAACACCCUCGCAAUCCUGACUUUGCCGUGCGCGCAGGUUUUCAUCCGUCUGUGCCACUCCACGAAACAGGCAUGACCACUGCCGCUGCAGCAGAAGUUGCGGUGGCUGCAUCGCCUAGAAUAGUAUGUCAAUAG